AUCCGUCUUGCCAUUUUGGUGGGCCCUCUUGUCUGGAGACUGGAGAAGCUUUCUGGCUAAGCGCGAAGAUAUUGGUGACCCAUCCAAUUGCUUGCUGGCUGGCCCUCGCUAUCAUGUCCUUCACCCCUGACUGCAACGAGGUGAGGCGAUGUGCAUGCGACGCAUCAGCACUACCCGGGACGGACCUAGAACCGACAGCAGUAGGCCAGUGUAUCUGUCGCGGUCCGAGCUCCCAAGCGCGUCAUCACUUUUGCUCAACUUUCCAGCAGUCUGGUUGGCGAGGCGGGGCGCCGUUCUUCUCUCUGCAUAUCUCUCGCUGCGCCCACCUCCCGAGGCAGCAGCAGGUUCUUUUUUCUUUCUGUCCGCACACGGCACUGCGCCCGUGUCGCCGGCUUGUCAGUUCUCCAUCAGAUUCGCUCACUGCUCCCGCCGCCACCACACGCAGCGCACAACAUCCUCACAUCAUCGUACCCAACCCAACCCCAUCGUCCAUUGCUACAAUGAAAGGACGGGCUGCCCAAGAUGGAUGGCAUUCUGGGUGCUUAGCCACGCUGCUGCGUCCCACCCCACUGCUGGAAUUGAUCGUUGCAUCCAGUCUCUUGGACGGCGCAGCAGCCUGGCUACUACAGGACACUCUGGCUAUAGGUAGCCUCGAAGAAAGGGAGAUACAUACCUGUAUAUAUACAACACACACGUACAUAACAUACACAUGGGAAAGCGCGUCGCAGCGGCGGACCUGAUCAGCGAACGAGUGUCUCCGGCCUUCCUUGCCUUUUGCUGCUGUCACAGUCAGCAGGAGGAAAGCGAAGGUGGAACACAUACACAUGACCAUACACAUACACGUAUACAUACACAUACACAUGCAUACACAUAGACA